AUGAAGAUGUUAACUAAGUUCGAGUCCAAAUCUUCAAGGGCUAAAGGGGUAGCGUUCCACCCUAAAAGACCUUGGGUUUUGGUAUCAUUACAUUCAUCAACCAUUCAACUUUGGGAUUAUAGGAUGGGAACAUUAAUUGAUAGAUUUGAAGAUCAUAGUGGUCCUGUUAGAUGUGUUGCUUUCCAUCCAACUCAACCAUUAUUCGUUUCUGGUGGUGAUGAUUAUAGUAUUAAAGUAUGGUCAUUAAACACAAGAAAAUGUAUUUUCACUUUGAAUGGACAUUUGGAUUAUUUAAGAGCUGUUUCAUUUCAUCAUGAUUUACCAUGGAUUUUAUCAUGUUCUGAUGAUCAAACCAUUAGAAUUUGGAAUUGGCAAAAUAGACAAGAAAUUGCAUGUUUAACUGGUCAUAAUCAUUAUGUUGUUUCAGCUCAAUUUCAUCCAAAAGAUGAUUUAAUAGUAUCAGCAUCAUUUGAUCAAACUGUUAGAGUUUGGGAUAUUUCAGGUUUAAGAAAGAAACAUUCAGCUCCAACUUCAUCAAUGAGAUCAUUUGAAGAUCAAUUACAAAGACAACAAUUACCUCAACAAGAUAUCUUUGGUAAUGUUAAUGCCAUAGUGAAAUUUGUUUUAGAAGGUCAUGAUAAAGGUGUUAAUUUUGCUGCUUUCCAUCCAACUUUACCAUUAAUUGUUUCAAGUGGUGAUGAUAGAUUAGUUAAAUUAUGGAGAAUGAGUGAAACUAAAGCUUGGGAAGUUGAUUCCUGUAGAGGUCAUACUGGUAGUGUUUUAAGUGCUAUUUUCCAUCCAACAGAAGAUUUAAUUUUAUCAGUUUCUGAUGAUAAAACUAUCAGAGUUUGGGAUUUGAAUAAAAGAACUCCAGUUAAACAAUUCAGAAGAGAACAUGAUAGAUUUUGGUUAGUUGGAUGUCAUCCAAAUAUUAAUUUAUUUGCAACUUGUCAUGAUUCAGGAGUUAUGAUUUUUAAAUUGGAAAGAGAAAGACCAGCUCAUACUAUCUUUCAAAAUAAAUUAUAUUAUGUUAAUGGUGAAAAACAAGUACAAAGUUAUGAUUUCAUGAAGAAAGAAAAUUCUUUACCAAUGUUAUCAUUGAAAAAAAUUGGUAAAACUUGGAGUUUUAUAAGAACCAUGUAUUAUAAUCAAUCAGAUAAUUCAAUAUUAGUAACUCAUGGUACUGGAGAUGAAGGUAAAUAUUCUUUAAUCACUUUACCAAAACAUGUUACUGGAGCUAUUGAACCAUCAGAUUUAAGACAAGGUGAUGGUAAUUUUGCUUGUUUCAUAUCAAGAAAUAGAUUCGUAGUAUUUUUAAAAUCUUCUAAAACUUUAGAAGUUAAAGAUUUAAAUAAUAAUGUUACUAAAUCAAUUCAAUUGGAUUCUUCUGUAGUAGAUGUUUUAUAUGGAGGUCCUGGUAAAGUUUUAUUAGUUAAAGCUCAUUCAGUUAUUAACUAUGAUGUUCAACAAAGAAAAGAAUUGGCAGAAAUUAGUGUCAAUAAUGUUAAAUACGUUUCAUGGUCAAAUUCUGGUCAAUAUGUUGCUUUAUUAUCCAAACAUACUAUUACCAUUGCUAAUAAAGAUUUACAAUUGGUAAAUUCUUUACAUGAAACUAUCAGAAUUAAGAGUGCUUCAUGGGAUGAUUCCGAUGUUUUAUUAUAUUCAACUUUAAAUCAUAUCAAAUAUACUUUAUUGAAUGGUGAUAAUGGUAUCAUUAAAACCUUGGAAAAUACUUUAUAUAUUACCAAAGUUAGUCAAAACAAAGUUUUCUGUCUUAAUAGAAAAGGUGAAGUUGAAUUAGUUGAAAUUGAUCCAACUGAAUAUAGAUUCAAGAGAGCUUUAGUUAAUAAAAACUUGAAAGAAGUUGUUAGAAUGAUUAAUAAUUCUAAUUUAGUUGGUCAAAAUAUCAUUGCUUACUUAGAAAAGAAAGGAUACCCAGAAGUUGCUUUAGGUUUUGUUACUGACCCUGAAACAAGAUUUGAUUUAGCUUUAGAAUGUGGGAAUUUGAAAGUUGCUUUGGAAGAAGCUGAAAAAUUGGAUGAUAAUAAUAUUUGGGAAAGAUUAAGUGUUGAAGCUUUACAUCAAGGAAAUAUUGAAGUUGUUGAAUUAUGUUAUCAACAAUUAAAAUUAUUUGAUAAAUUAUCAUUCCUUUACCUUUAUAAAGGUGAUAGUGAAAGAUUAGCUAAAAUGUCUAUUAUUGCUGAACACAGAGGUGAUUAUUCAUCAUUGAUCCAAAAUACUUUAUACAACAAUGAUGUAGAGAAAAGAUGUAAAGUUUUCAUGGAAGGUAAAAUGUAUCCUUUAGCUUAUACGUUAGCAAAAUCAAAUGGUUUAGAUGAUUUAGUCGAAGAAAUUGUUGCUUUAUCCGGUAUCGAAGAAAGUGAAAUUGAAUUACCUGAAUUAGGUGAACCUUUAACUAUUCCUCAACCCGUUUCUAAUCCUAUUGGAAAUUGGCCAUUGAAGCCUUCUGAGUUAAGUUUCUUCGAAGCUGCUGCUUUGAAUGGUGGUAUUGAAGAUUUAACCAUUGAAGAGGAAUCUACUAAUGUUGAAAAAGAAGCAGAAGUAGAUUUCAUUGAUGAAGUUGAAGAUGAUGAAGAAGAAGAAAGUGGUUGGGGUAUGGAUGACGAAGAUUUAGACAUUGGUGAAGAUGAAGUUGAAGUCGAAGAAAUUGUUGAAGAUACUCCAAUUCCUGCAGUCGAAGGAGAAGUUGGUUAUUGGUUACGUAAUGCCAAAACCGCUGCCACUUAUAUUGCUGCAGGUGCUUUUGAACAAGGGGCUUCGAUGUUGAAUAAACAAUUAGGAGUUAAAGAUUUCGAACCUUUAAGAUCAAGAUUUUUGGAAGUUUACGAAGCUAAUAAAGUAUUUUUACCAGGUUUGGAUGGUUUACCAGCCAUGAAGGAUUAUAUAAGAUCAGAUAAUGAUGAAGAUAAUCCUAAUAAAUUUGGUCCAUUCAUUCCAGGAUUUGAUACUUUAGAAGAUAAAUUGGCUUCAGGUUUCAAAUUCUUCAAAGCUAAUAAUUUACCUGAAGCUAUCAAAAUUUUCAGAGAAAUUAUUUAUACCAUCGCUGUUAUCAAAGUUGAAGAUGAAGAUCAACAAGCUAAAUGUGAAGAAAUUUUAGCUUUAUGCCGAGAAUACAUCUUGGGUUUAACUAUAGAGUUAUCAAGACGUGAAAUUGAAAGUAGUGAUAUGAAACGUAAUUUGGAAUUAGCAGCCUAUUUCACUCGUACUAAAUUACAAAAUGCUCAUAAAGUAAAUGCUUUACAAGUUGCAAUGUCACAAUGUUUCAAGAAUAAAAAUUACUCCAGUGCUUCAUAUUUUGCUGGAGAAUUGAUGAAUUUAGUUCCAAGUGGUCCAAGAGCUGAUCAAGCUUCUAAAAUUAAAUCUAAAUCAGAUUCCAUCUCCAAUGAUGCUAUAGAACUUGAUUUUGAUCCUUAUGCCGAAUUUGAUAUUUGUUGUGGUUCAUUAACUCCUAUAUACAAAGGAUCUCCAUCAGUACUGGAAGCUUUAGUUGGAGCUAAGUAUAAACCAGAAUUCCAAGGUAAGAUUUGUAAGAUUACCGAAAUCACACUAAUUGGAGCUCCUGCUUCAGGUUUAAGAAUUAGAAAUUAA